CUGCACAGUCACGUGUGUGUGUGUGUGUCAUGUGAUUGUUGAAUUGUGAGUCAAAACAGCUGCAGACAGUCCUUUGUUAUCUGAAUGUUUGUAAAGCAGCGUACGCAUACGACAUACAUGUUUACACGUUUGACUCAUUAUACCAAACCUACCAGGUUGUAAGAGGAGUAUGCAGUACAGUGCUGUUUGUUAACAACAACUGAACACAGUCUGUAUAUCUCCAAGUCAUCUGCUAAUAAUGGAGCUGCAGAUGGGGAUCCUGUUUCUGGCUCUGCUGGGCCUGAGCUCAGCGCUGGUCUGUCCGGAUGGAAGCAUGUGUAAGGACAAAAACACCUGCUGCAAGAACACCAUGGGAGGAUUUGGAUGCUGUCCACUGCCACGCGCUGAGUGUUGUUCAGACCACGUCCACUGCUGCUUUGAGGGGACGGUUUGUGAUGUCACCCACUCCAAAUGUGUUAAUAAGACAGUUUCCCUGCCCUGGAUGAGACGCGUUCCCACCGAACCGGCCCUGCCCGUCUCUCAGCUCGGGGAGAUGGUAAAAGUUUUUCCGGACCAGGAUUCUGAUAACACCACUUGCUGCCAGCUUCGUGAUGGCUCCUGGGACUGCUGUCCAUUAGCUAAGGCGGUGUGUUGUGAGGAUAAACUCCACUGUUGCCCAGAGAAUACAAAGUGUGAUCUUGCUCACUCAACGUGUGUGACUUCCUCACUGGAGUCCUUCCCCAUGCUGGAGAAACUGCCUGCCAGGAGGAGGGAGGAUAAUCCAGCGUCUAAGGUCGGUUCAGUGAUAUGUCCUAGUGGACAAAGCAGCUGCCCAGAGAGAUUUACAUGUUGCCUGCUAACCAGUGGAGACUACGGCUGCUGCCCUUACCCGCAGGCAGUGUGUUGUGAGGAUAAACUCCACUGUUGCCCAGAGAAAACAAAGUGUCAUCUUGCUCAAUCAACGUGUGUGACUUCCUCACUGGAGUACUUCCCCAUGCUGGAGAAACUGCCUGCCAGGAAGAGGGAGGAUAAUCCAGCGUCUAAGGUCGGUUCAGUGACAUGUCCUGAUGGACAAAGCAGCUGCCCAGAGAGUUUUACAUGUUGCCUGCUAACCAGUGGAGACUACGGCUGCUGCCCUUACCCGCAGGCGGUGUGUUGUGAGGAUAAACUCCACUGUUGCCCAGAGAAAACAAAGUGUGAUCUUGCUCAAUCAACGUGUGUGACUUCCUCACUGGAGUCCUUCCCCAUGCUGGAGAAACUGCCUGCCAGGAGGAGGGAGGAUAAUCCAGCGUCUAAGGUCGGUUCAGUGACAUGUCCUGAUGGACAAAGCAGCUGCCCAGAGAGUUUUACAUGUUGCCUGCUAACCAGUGGAGACUACGGCUGCUGCCCUUACCCGCAGGCGGUGUGUUGUGAGGAUAAACUCCACUGUUGCCCAGAGAAAACAAAGUGUGAUCUUGCACAAUCAACGUGUGUGACUUCCUCACUGGAGUCCUUCCCCAUGCUGGAGAAACUGCCUGCCAGGAGGAGGGAGGAUAAUCCAGCGUCUAAGGUCGGUUCAGUGACAUGUCCUGAUGGACAAAGCAGCUGCCCAGAGAGUUUUACAUGUUGCCUGCUAACCAGUGGAGACUACGGCUGCUGCCCUUACCCGCAGGCGGUGUGUUGUGAGGAUAAACUCCACUGUUGCCCAGAGAAAACAAAGUGUGAUCUUGCUCAAUCAACGUGUGUGACUUCCUCACUGGAGUCCUUCCCCAUGCUGGAGAAACUGUCUGCCAGGAGGAGGGAGGAUAAUCCAGCGUCUAAGGUCGGUUCAGUGACAUGUCCUGAUGGACAAAGCAGCUGCCCAGAGAGUUUUACAUGUUGCCUGCUAACCAGUGGAGACUACGGCUGCUGCCCUUACCCGCAGAAGGUGCCGGCUCUGAACUCAGAGGUGGAGGAUGAGAAAUGUGACAAGCAGACGAUGUGUCCAGGAGGCACCACCUGCUGUAAGAAAGUCUCUGGGCAGUUGGCUUGCUGCCCGCUACCGCAGGCCGUGUGCUGUGACGAUCAUGAACACUGCUGCCCCAAAGGCUACAAAUGUAAUGUGGCUGAACAGAUGUGUGACAAGCCUGGCGAGCUCAGCCUGGCCUGGCUGCAGAAGAUCCCGGCCCUGCAGAAGGAGCCCAGCCGGGCUGUUUCCAGUCCAACUCGUCCGGCCAGGAACAUGUGUGACGCCCAAACCAGCUGCCCCAAAGAUACGACCUGCUGCUUCAUGGACAGGACACACAAAUGGGGCUGCUGCCCUCUGCCGAAGGCGGUCUGUUGUACUGAUGGAAACCACUGCUGCCCCAGCGGUCACACAUGUGAACCUCACCGCUCCUCCUGCUCAAAAGGCCCCCAUGUUGUGAUACCCUGGUUCACCAAACUGAGCGCCCUGACCGAGCUGGGCGCCGUGACGGACGUUAAAUGUGACAACAAGAGCAGCUGCGCUUCAGGAACAACCUGCUGUAAACUGCAGACAGGAGAUUGGGCCUGCUGCCCGCUGGUCAAGUCGGUUUGCUGUGCAGACCACGAGCACUGCUGUCCUCAGGGCUACACCUGCAACAUGGAGACUGGAACAUGUGAGAAGAAGAAUCGCAACGUGCUCAUCCUCACCCUCCCUCAGAGCAAAGUGGUACAGUCCGAGCGCAGAGACCCCAAGGACGACACAGACGUACCAUGUGACAGCACGGAGGAGUUUCACUGCCCCGAGCAGGACACGUGCUGUAAGGUGUCAGCCACAGCGUGGGCCUGCUGCCCCUCACCCAGGGCGGUCUGCUGCCCUGACUCAAAGCACUGCUGUCCCGUAGGAUACUCAUGUGACCUGAAGGCUGGAGGGUGCACCGUGCACACCCAGCUGACCUGGGACACUUUGAUUGGAGACAGAAAGAAAGACGUUGUCCCACAUGGACUUUAAACCCACACAAAGGUUCACUGAUCUUCUUCCAUCUUGAUCCAUAACAUCCAUCUACAGCUCAUGUUGUCUAUGGGCAACACUUCCUGUUUGCUUAUUCAUGGAAGUGUAUUUAUUACCAAGUUUGUGCACUCUUGAGUUUCUUGGUGGUAGGUGUGAAGGAGACUCGGUGGCAGUGUAUAAGGAAGUAGAAGCACUUUGAUAUAAAGCUCGUCAGGUGACAUGACUGCAUCAUUCACUGAAACUUGUUCUGCUAUUUCAACGUAUGUUAACUUGAAGUGAAAACGGUGUGCGGAAGUCUUUAAGUUUUGCACCAGGAAGAAAAUGCUGCCUUAUUGGAUUUUAACAUGCAGAUGUUACAUCCAUGACGUUCAUGAGGCUCUUAAAGGAUAUUGUUGGUGUUAUUCUAUAUUUAUCUUACUGUCCACAAAUCCCAUGCAAGGAUCAAAACCAAGGAUCAAUACUUUCUGACUCGACCCUGAGCUCAUUGGUUCCCACUGAAGAAGAAAACUUAUAAAAAUGUGUCAUAUUUUUACAUUGUUUCAAAAACCCGGAAGAUAAAGUUGGACAGGGAGCUUCUAUUUGAUUUGAUUGAUUGAGUUUCAUGUUCACCAGUCAUUUGAGUUCUGGUUCAGCCGGAUCGCUCUAUUUAUCCUCCCAACACACAAAUAAGCUUUGAUAUGCAGUUGGAAAAUGACGAGCUGGUAAAAAAACAGACACCUGAACUUAAAUUCAGUCCCACGUGCAAGGUAAAUAGUUAAAGUUAUACAAUUAUUAUUUACCUUUUUCUGCCGAAUCAUGUAGUUUCCUUGCGGCCGUGUCGCAAAUUUCUAUGGCCUGGUACCAGUCUGCAGACCAGAGCUUGGGAACCUCCGCAGCAGCGAUUGUCUCUCAGAUUUUUAGCUCCCACAUUAGAUAUAUUAUGCAGCUUUAAAGACCGCUCACAAACAUUCUGUAAUUUCUAAUAAAGAAGGAAAUUGUGCA